AUGGACAAUAAUCAAAUUGCAAAUGAUUCAUUCAAACCAAUGCCCAAAGACCUAGGACCAAUUGAUCAAUUUGUUAUGAUUGAUUCAUUGUUUAGACAUUAUACUGUCUACUCACAGAUUGAAAACAUCAAUUUUAAGCCAAUAGCAUGUACAACGGAUACAUUGAUUAUGUUACUUUGGAGGAACCAAAAACCUAUCCAGUAUCCUAUUUCAUUGGAUUUCUUACUCAAUCUGUUCCUGACCAGUAUGAUGAUAAUGAUUAUUAUGAUGGGUGGUCCAUAUCCCUAUCCACUUCCAACAGCAAAGCCAAUGCAAACCACUCUCAAUCUAGGUGUUGGAACAUCAUUGAUAUUCCAAACAAACAUUGUUUAUGGAGUCAAAUUGGUAUUAGACACCACAAGAGUUUAUUGUACUCAUAUGCAAGUCUACAGAGAUGAUGUGUUUCAUGAACCUACAGAGUCAAUUUCAAAAUUCAUUUGGAUUUGUAGUGAACCUACAGAGUCAAUUUUAGAAUUCAUUUGUUUUUGUAGAGAGUCAAUUAGUAUUUCAUAA